AUGGGGGAGAUAGAAGGAACAUACAGAGUCUUGCAGACUCCAGGGACACGCUUGGGCGCCCAGACCCCAGGGGGAGUGAGCACCCUCGAACCUGGGCAGAACCUCUUGGCAACCGCAGCACGGGCAUCAGCCAGAACACAGGAGAAGCACCUUCACCUCCGAGUGAAGCUGCUGGACAACAGCAUGGAAAUAUUUGACAUUGAGCCUAAGCGCGAUGGCCAGACGCUGCUGACUCAGGUGUGGAGGCGCCUGAAUCUGACGGAGUGUGACUACUUCGGGCUGGAGUUUCAGCACCCCCGGGCCUACUGGAUUUGGCUCGAACCUAUGAAGCCCAUCACUAGGCAAAUACGGAGGCCAAAGAACGCAUUGCUUCGUCUAGCAGUCAAAUUUUUCCCACCUGAUCCGGGUCAGUUGCAGGAAGAAUAUACAAGGUACUUGUUUGCCUUGCAACUUAAGAGAGACCUCCUGGAGGAGCGUCUGCCCUGUGCGGACACCACGGCGGCCCUUCUGGCAUCCCACCUUCUGCAGUCUGAAAUAGGAGAUUAUGAUGAAACCCUGGAUCGAGAGCACCUUAAAGUGAAUGAGUACCUACCCAGUCAGGAGCGUUCUCUUGAGAAGAUUCUAGAAUUCCACCGGAAGCACACGGGCCAGACGCCUGCUGAGUCGGAUUUCCAGGUGCUCGAAAUUGCCCGAAAGUUGGAAAUGUAUGGCAUCCGUUUUCACGCCGCUUCUGACAGGGAGGGGGCCAAAAUUAACCUGGCCGUUUCCCACAUGGGUGUCCUCGUGUUCCAGGGCACCACCAAAAUUAACACUUUUAACUGGUCCAGAGUCCGAAAACUCAGCUUCAAGAGGAAAAGGUUUCUCAUCAAACUGCACCCAGAGGUCCGUGGACCUUACCAGGACACACUGGAGUUCUUGUUGGGUAGUAGAGACGGCUGUAAGAACUUCUGGAAGAUCUGUGUGGAGUAUCACACCUUCUUCAGACUCUUUGAUCAACCUCAGCCCAGAGCUAAAGCUGUCUUCUUCAGCAGGGGCUCCUCCUUCAGAUACAGUGGAAGGACUCAGAAGCAGCUGGUGGAUUAUGUCCGAGACAGUGGGGUGAAGAGGGUUCCCUAUGAGAGAAGACACAGCAAGACUCGGAUGUCUAUUCGUGCUCUGACUGCAGACUUGCCAAGACAGAGCGUCUCCUUCACCGAGGGCCUGAGGACCUCUGCGUCCCCGUCUUCAGCAGACGCCUCCUUCUAUUCCGUUCCUACCUCCCCUCUGGCCCUGCGAGGCCUGCCUGAUUUCAGAGACAGCAGUGGCUCCCUCACCGAGCCCCAGGCUCCCGACACCAAGAGGCCAGCCGCAGAGGGGAGCAGCACAGCAGCGGCCGACGGCAACACCAGACGGGCCCGGUCCCCCGGGCCCCCUGCACCGCAGCCUUGUCAAGGCCUUUCCGUGGACAGUCCUCAGCCUUCUCCCUCCACCCAGAAGAGCCCGCUGAGCCUGAGCCCUGCAUCUCAGGUGACUCUGGGCCCAGCUGAACAGGGCUUGUUCCCCCUCCUGAGCCCUGUCCUUAGCGACGCUGGCGGAGCCAGGAUGGACGGCGAGGAGGAGCCAAAACACAAGAGCAUGGCAGCAGAUGAGGCCUAUUUCAUAGCGAAGGAGAUUCUCGCUACAGAACGAACAUACCUGAAGGAUUUAGAAGUUCUCACUGUGUGGUUCCGCAGUGCGGUGGUCAAGGAGGACGCCAUGCCUGCAGAUCUGAUGACCCUGCUCUUCUCCAACAUAGACCCCAUCUACGAGUUCCACAGAGGCUUCCUGCGUGAGGUGGAGCAGAGGCUGGCACUCUGGGAAGGGUCUUCCAGUGCCCAUUCCACAGGUGGCCAUCAACGAAUCGGGGACAUCCUGCUCAGGAACAUGCAUCAGUUAAAGGAGUUCACCAGCUACUUCCAAAGGCACGAUGAAGUCCUGACGGAACUGGAAAAGGCCGCCAAACGCUUUAAGAAGCUGGAGACGGUGUACAAAGAGUUUGAGCUCCAGAAAGUCUGCUACUUGCCCCUGAAUGCGUUCCUGCUGAAGCCCAUCCAGCGGCUGGUGCACUACCGCCUGCUGCUGAGCCGGCUGUGCGGCCGCUAUGAGCCCGGGCACCGUGACUACGCGGACUGCCGUGAUGCCCUCCAGGCCAUCACAGAGGUGACCUCCACACUGCAGCACAGCCUUGCCCGGCUGGAAAACCUCCAGAAGCUGACAGAGCUGCAGCGGGACUUGGUCGGCAUAGAGAAUCUCAUCACUCCCGGCAGGGAGUUCAUCCGCGAGGGCUGCCUUCACAAGCUCACCAAGAAAGGUCUGCAGCAGAGAAUGUUCUUUCUGUUCUCAGAUAUGCUGCUCUACACAAGCAAAGGGGUCACGGGUACCAGCCACUUCCGGAUCCGGGGCCUCCUUCCUCUCCGUGGCAUGCUGGUAGAAGAGGGCGAGAGCGAGCGGUCGGUUCCACACUGUUUCACCAUUUGUGCAGCUCAGAAAACAGUCGUGGUGGCAGCCAGCACCCGCCUGGAAAAGGAGAAGUGGCUAUGUGACCUGAACGCUGCCAUCGACGCGGCCAAGAGCGGGGGUGACCCGUCCCUGGUGCUGCCGGGUAGCGUGCUCUGCGCUCCUCCCUGCAGGUCCUCCGAGGAGGUCUCUCCGGAGCAAGGGUCCGAAGACACUCACGGCGUCCACGGGUCCCUGGAGGGGCAGGGCCAGCACCGGGCCAACACCACAGUGCACGUGUGCUGGUACCGGAACACCAGCGUCUCCAGAGCCGACCAGAGCGCGGCCGUUGAGAACCAGCUUUCAGGGUAUCUGCUGAGAAAAUUCAAAAACAGUAACGGCUGGCAGAAGCUCUGGGUGGUUUUCACCAACUUCUGUUUGUUCUUCUACAAAACUCAUCAGGUCGGUGCUCCGCUGCCAAGAGGGGACGUGGAAGAGGGACCCUCUGCGCGGGUGGGGGGGCGGUGA